AUGUUCCGACUCUGUCGCCGCAAGUAUUUGGAAUGCGAAAGUGGAAGCCGUCAUACGAUUGCGGUGAUCUACGAGGGUGACGGCCCUUGGGGGGCAAACGAGAUUAUCACUGAAUUACGGGGCCUCUUGCCAGCAAAUAUCUUCUCGCGUAUCAAAUUUCUCAAGUCCAGAGUAGCUAAAGGAGCAGCGCUUGGCUCUGCGGAUUAUGCGGAGCUGACGAAAUGCGGUGCCUGUAUAGGCAUAGUGGGUGUGUGGUGGUCUGCGGGAACCGUGGGGGGGUAUCUUACACCUGAUAACGAAGAAGAUGUAUAUGGGAUUACAUGUCACCAUGUCCUUCUGCCGACCAAAACAAACGCGAACCCUAAGGACUCUGUUAAGUCGGCGAUUGAGUAUCCAAAUUUUUUGAAUAGUGUUGGUGCUAUCCGUGGGGCAACAUCGCCCGGUGCACUCAAACUUAAAGUUGUCCAGCCCCCAUGUGGGUACUAUGGAGACACUAUCAGUUCCUUACAAUCAAGGAAGGAGGAGGCAGAAUCACGUUUAAAGGUAGUCGAGAAUAAGUACGAGAUUCCCGGUGAGCCCACACCGGCGGCGUCGAUCAAGCUUUGGAGCAGUUGUAUCAUGGAUGUUGAAAAGCGACUCAGUCAUAUUUCCCAAUUUGUCAGGGACUUUGGGGAGGUAGUUGCUACUUCUGGAUAUAGAGUUCACCCUGGAACUGAAAACAAUUUGGAUUGGGGUAUCUUUCGGGUCCGUGAGCAUCGUACCGCGAUCAAUAUGAUUAUGACGGAAUUUGAACGAGAAGGGGUUUGGAAAUCUCUAAGAUCCGCCCCGUGUCUUCAUCCCGAUACUAGCGACCCUGUACUCGAUGAGGAAGUCGCGAAAAUCGGGAUGAAGAUCGAAGACCGGUCUAACAUUUGGCCGGAUAAACGGGGUCAAGGACCCCGUUAA